GAACAAAUCGUGUUAUUGUGUCGAUCAUGGCUGCCAAGUUCACGUGUCUUUCGUGCCGAGUAAUUUUCCAAGACCCAGAAUUGCAGCGCGUCCACUACAAAACAGAAUGGCACAGGUACAACCUGAAAAGGAAGAUCGCCGAGCUGCCCGCAGUUACGUCUGAAGAGUUCGAGCGACGCACCCUGCAGCACAAGGAGACUGAGGAGGUUCAAGAGGCUUUUUAUUGCAGGCCUUGUUGCAAGACAUUCGGCUCGCAAAAAUCGUUUGACAACCACUUGCCGAGCAAGAAACACAAAGAAGCUGAAAAUAAGUGUGACUUUGUUCAAGUGAAGGAGGCCAGUCAUGCAAAGCAAGUGGUUCAGGAAGAAGAAGCAUCGGACGUCGAGGAAGUUGACUCUGACGAAUGGGAUGAAGAUAUUGAGAUUGACGCGAAAGACUGCCUUUUCUGCGAGCACCACAGUGCAUCGACUUUUAAAAACCUGAAGCACAUGUCAGAGGCGCAUUCAUUCUUCAUUCCAGAUUUGGAGUUUGUCAGUGACCUGAGAGGCCUUCUUAGCUACCUGGGCUCCAAAGUCAGAGAAGGCUUCAUGUGUUUGUGGUGCAGCGGCAACAACAAGGCCUUCUGGUCUGCUGAAGCCACUCGGCAACACAUGACGGACAAGGGCCACUGCAAGGUCAAGUACGAAGGAGAGACCUUGAUGGAGUUUGCCGAUUUCUACGAUUACAGAAGUAGCUACCCUGACAAUAAUGAAGAGGACAUGGAAGUUGACGUUCCAGUUCUGGAAGACAACGAUUUCCAACUAACCCUUCCCUCUGGAGCCACUAUUGGCCAUAGAUCCCUAUUUACAUAUUACAGGCAAAAUUUGAAUCCCAACGGAGCGCUCCUUCCUGUCAAGCCGAAACACUUUGCUCGAUACAAAGCGAUUGGGUACACAGAAUCGACCAAGGAGGCUAUUCUUAAGAAAUCCCGAGAUAUUCAGUACAUGAGGAGGGUUCAGUCGAAAAUGCACAUGAAAGUCGGAGUGAAAGCAAAUAAACUGCAACCUCAUUUUAGGGCUCAAGUUAAUUUCUGAACUCUUAAAAUGUGGUUCACGCACCAGGCUGGGAAAGAGAGAAUAAAUGACACAGCUGUCUUCAACCUUUUAUUUAACUGUUGCUGAUUUAGGAAAUAAAAAAUGCAUUCGUGAUUAAAUUUUGAGAGUUUCAAA